AUGGCGACGCAACCCGCCAUUACGCCGGAGAAGUUCUCGAAUCAGAGGAAGCCGCUGGCGGACGAACGCACGCGGAAGUGGCGCGACGUGGCGGAAGGCGACGUGCUGCUCGCGACGCUCCACGAGGUCGUAAAAGAAUGCCGCGUGACCGCUAUCACCGCGCAGGACGACAAUUGGGGGAUUUACAUCACGUGGAAGAAAAAGACCCCGGGCGGACUUGACCCGAACAAGCUGACCAUGUUGGACAGCUGGCACGUGGUCGAACCUAACCCAACCCUUUAUACGCCGUCGGCUUUCGACCGGCUGCCUUUGCCCGAGCAACUGCUGAAUCCGAGAGACAGUUUUCAUCUUUAUUCGCAAAAGCAGCGCCAGUCCGCUAACUUUAUGAUCAUGGAGGAUAACCAAGAUGAACCUCAAGAAGCCAACGAAUUAUAUGAAUUCCUUUUCGAUAAAUACGACCGCAAGACGGAAGAGUACGACAUGAUGAUGAUAAUGAUGAAGCACCUUGCAGAUGAUGCACCAGCAGAAGCAGGGUCACUUCACGCGGAUGCCGGCGCACUAGCAAUUGUCGAGCAUCCGGAUUCAAUUGUCGAGCAUCGGGAUUCAUUUGACUUUAUGGAUGGCGGUAGCACGGAUUUGGAUUAUGUGGAUGACAUGGAUCAUCAUGCGGAAUCAAAACCGGCAGAAGAACUCAUGCUAGUAGAAGACCCUUUUUGUGAAACUGACCAAGGCGCAAUUGCUGCAGCUAUACCGGCUGACUUAAUAAAAGACCUGAAAAACGAGUUCUCAUGCGUACACCAGGAGUCGGACGACUUAAAAAUAGGUUUCGAAGGCAUGGGACGCUGCGUACAACUCAACACGCAUUGCAUUGAUUUGUACGCAGGGGACUCCACUAAGCUGACACUCCAGGUCAUGGAUGGCUGGUUCAAUCAAAAGGCUUCUUUGACUAAUGCGCAUGGGAGGCGCCUGCGAUGCGCACAGGGCGACAUUCAUCAGUUUCGGGUUUUGGGAUCAUGCGUAAUCUUGUUCGUACUGGUAGAUGAAGAAUGCCUCAUAUUUGAGAGAGACAAAACGCAUCUGCUCGUGCAGCUUGGAGAACCACUCGACUCGGCUCUGCUCGACAGACUGGACAACAACAGGCCCUAA